GCGACGGGCCUUGUCUUGUCCACAGCGGCCUCUUCACCUUCCCUCCGUCCCCCCUCCUUUAUUCGCCUCCCCUCCACUCCACUACCCCCUCGAGGCCCAGCGGGGAGAGGCCGAGGCCGCGGACUGUCCUGGAGCAGCGGCCCGGGACCCAGGGCUUGUGGAGGCCGCGGCCCAACAGACCAGACCAGACCCCCGAGGCCGGGCCGGCCGGACCGGACCACAUCACACCGGACCGGCGCCCAAUGCAGCUUCUCGGCGGCGGCUUAACUUUGCAUUUCACCCGCUCUCCACUGGGCGAGAAGCAGCUUCAUUCCCGGCCGGCGGUGGGGACUCUUCCCCCCCCACCCCGCUCACGGUGACUCCCGCACAUCAUGUUUUGGAAGUUUGACCUUCACACAACAUCGCACAUUGACACGCUUUUAGAACGUGAGGAUGUCACGCUUUUCGAGCUCAUGGAAGAGGAGGACAUCCUUCAGGAGUGCAAGGCCAAUAACCGCAAACUGGUGGAGUUUCUAACACGGCUGCAAAACAUGGAGGCACUUGUCACCUGCAUCACGGUGGAACCAUCAGAAGAUAUGGAUGAGAAAGUUCGAUACAAGUACCCGAAUAUAUCCUGUGAGAUCCUGACAGCCGACGUGACUCAGGUUAACGAUGCGUUGGGCGAGGACGAGUCGCUGUUGAGCCGCCUCUAUGCCUUUCUGCAGAAUGACAAUGUUCUUAAUCCGUUGUUGGCAAGCUUCUUCAGUAAAGUCAUGGGCAUCCUCAUCAACAGGAAGAGCGAACAGAUAGUGGAUUUUCUACGGAAGAAGGAUGAUUUUGUAGGCUUGCUGUUGAAACACAUAGGGACUUCGGCCAUUAUGGACCUCCUACUGCGGCUUCUGACGUGUGUGGAGCAGCCUCAUCUUAGGCAGGAUGUUUUGAAUUGGCUAAACGAGGAGAAAAUUAUCCAGAGACUCAUCGAGAUGAUCUACCAUUCCAAAGAUGAGGAUCAACACUCUAACGCGUCCCAGUCUCUCUGUGACAUCAUCCGACUAAGCCGAGAGCAAAUGAUCCAAAUUCAGGACAGUCCCGAACCAGACCAGCUGCUCGCUACACUUGAGAAGCAGGAGACUAUCAAGCAGCUGCUAGGCAACAUGUUUGAGGGCGAGAAGAAUGAGUCGGUGAUUGUUAACGGGAUCCAGGUAUUGCUGACGCUGUUGGAGACACGCAGACCCCGGUCUGAUCUGGGUGGUAUGAGUGGGCUUUUCUGCAACAUCGAUGGGCAGAUGGAUCUGUGCCCCCCAGGAAUGGACCAUGCCUGUAGCCAGGUUAGCACGGGAACCCUCCAGGCCAUCAAGCUGAGGCUGCAAGACUUCCAUCAGCUCCUCCUUGACCCACCAAAGAAAAAUAAAAUGGUGACGACCUGGGGCACCCUGGAUCCACCACUGGGAAACACACGGCUUCAUGUGGUCAAACUCGUCACUAGCAUCUUGCAGGUGAACAACGGCACUGUGAAUCAAGAGUUGAUGGAGUUAAACACACUGGACGUUCUUCUGGAUCUCUUCUUCAAAUACGUGUGGAAUAACUUCCUUCACUUGCAAGUGGAGCUGUGUAUCAGCACGGCACUGGGCAACCCUCCAGCAGAAGACAGCACUGAAAGCAACAUGGAAAAGCACACUGAGAACAACUCUGAGUCCACUCAAGAUAACACACUCAUCAGACAUCUCUUCGAGAAGUGCCAAUUGAUGCACAGAGUAGUGUCCGCCUGGGAGCAAAAUGAAAAAAUCCAGUCAGAAGGUGGUAGGCGGAAAGGGUACAUGGGUCAUUUAACAAGAAUAGCAAAUGCCAUGGCGCAGAACUCGGAAAAUGGUCCUAAUCAAACUUCGAUAGCACAGCUGAUCAAAGAGCUGCCUGAAGAAGAUCGGGAGCGGUGGGAUAAGUUUGUGCUGGGGUCACUGACUGACAUGAACAAGAAGAACACUGUUGAUUUGGUGAAUAUGCGGAACCUACACUCUUCGAGCGAUGACGAUGAGAAUGAUCUGAAAGAAUUCAACUUCCCUCAGGAGGCUGUCCUGCAGCAGGCGUUCUCCGACUACCAGAUUCAACAGAUGACCUCCAACUUCAUCGACCAGUUUGGCUUCAAUGACGAGGAAUUUGCCGAGCAGGAGGAAAGUGUCAACUCCCCAUUUGAGAGAGCAGCUAACAUCAGCUUUGUGUUCGAUGCCAACAGUGACAGUCCAAACACCAGUCUGUUUGAGGAGUGUUGGAAGGAGCGGAUAAGGCCGUUCAACGACGACGAAGGCUCCGACGAGGAUGAAGUGUGGCAGGAAAAGGACCUGCACUUCGCCGCAGAUGCCCAGCGCGUUCCCAGGAGUUCAGGGAGUACGGACAGUGAAGGAAGCAGAGACUCCGAAGAGGACGAAGAUGAAGAGGGGGGACAGACUGCUAUAAAGCCCACGGACUCCAGGAUGGAAAUAGACCCAAACAAAGAGGCUGGGUGGACAGCCAACUUCGAUGCACCUUUGACUAACAGUGGUGGGAGCCAGGGUUCGGUGGACGGUGGCUUCAGUGCGUGGGACAGCCCAGAACCCACAACCUCCCUGCCUCCGAUAGAAGGAUGGGCCGUGUUUGCCAGUUUUGCCUCUCAGGCUGGCCCCUCUGGACGCUUGCGAACAAACUCUCCUGUGUCUAUGGAAACAAAUUCCGCUCCAGCCGAUGAGCUCCAGAGCAGUGGUGACGGACAUAGCAAAGCGUCAGAAGAAAAGUCUAUGGGCGGGCUGAGCAGCGGAGAAGACGCUAAAGUGCCAGACGCCACAAAAACGGGUAUGACGUCACACGCCGACACGGAGAAACCAGCAGCGGAAAACGCGGCGAUUCUCAACGGCUCGGUGCCGGAAGCGGUCUUGCCCCCUGAGGUGAACAAUGCAGAAGCUAAAACACGCACAAGUGAGGAAGAACUCUUAACUACCUCCGAAGAUGGACCUACUGCAGGAAAUGUACGGGACAGCUGUGAGGCCUCCAAAGCUAAUCCAGUUGCCCCCCAAGCUUCAGAAUGUGAACGGCACGAACAGAGCACAUCAAAGGCAUCUGAUGACGAGGCGAGGAGUCAGAAGACGUUCUCUCCGGUUUUAAAUGGUGCAGUGGAUGAAACGUCAGCAAAAACGGAAACCAAGUAGCACUGCGGAGGGCGACGAGGAAGGUCCAUCUCGGUGCAUCGUUGAAUGAAAGCCCCCCCCCCCCAUCUCUCCC